GUUGUAUUCUGUCUGGCUAGAUCACAUGACCGGAGGCCGUCCAUGUAUCGUUAGCUUGCUAGCAGCUAGCUGCGUUAGCACCGAGCCUUUGGAGUUCACCAGGAAACGGUGCGACCUAACGUUGACUCGAGCCACCCCAGUGCGAGGAGCAGUCAAACCUGUUUGUUGCAUGGCUGCUCACAUCAACAUUAAACAAAUGAGCAUGUGACCAAGGACAAGGGUCUACAGCACAUUAUCUGGACAAGUGGAGGAGGCCAAAAUCAAUCGUGGGUAAAUUAUUUCCAAGUGUUCGAUCAGGAGUGAAUAGCCAUGACAACAAAGACAUCCCUGCUGAAAGUCAUUCUGCUGGGUGAUGGUGGUGUAGGAAAAAGCUCCAUCAUGAAUCGCUACGUCACCAACAAGUUUGACGCACACCUUUUCCACACCAUUGGCGUUGAGUUCCUCAACAAGGAACUUGAGGUAGACGGCCACCAGGUUACCCUACAGAUCUGGGACACAGCUGGCCAGGAGCGCUUCCGCAGCCUGAGGACUCCUUUCUAUCGUGGUUCUGACUGCUGCCUGCUCACCUUCAGCGUAGAUGACAACCAGAGUUUUCUCAACUUAGGCAACUGGAAGAAGGAGUUCAUCUACUAUGCAGAUGUCAAGGAGCCAGAGAAGUUCCCAUUCGUAGUCUUGGGCAACAAAGUGGACGUGACAGAGCGGCAGGUGUCUACUGAGGAGGCUCUGCAAUGGUGCAAGGAGAACGGCGACUUCCCCUAUUAUGAGACCAGUGCCAAGGAUGCCACCAAUGUAGCGGUGGCAUUUGAGGAGGCAGUGCGUAGAGUGUUGGCAGCGGAUGAGAGAACGGACCACCUCAUCCCCACAGACACAGUCAAGCUCCACAGAAAGCCUCGCUCCGCCACCACAUGCUGUUCAUAACAUCCAGGAGUUAUCACUAACAUUAAUAUUCCUGUAAUGCCUGUUAUGUGAUGAGGCUGUAGGUUUACAAUGCUGAAGUAACAUCUUAUUUAAACAAAUUAUGCUACUGGCUUUAUGAUUUGUUUUACCGUUGAAGGUUUGAUAAUAAUAAUAGUUGGACUUCUGUUUGAAGAGACAUUGAGGAAACACUACGUUUCUUAUUACAAAUAAACAUGAAAUCACUGAAUCAUUCACUCGGCGCUGUCACAAUUCAAAAGCCAGGCUAUGGAGGGGUAACAGAAAAACAAACUAUAUUUUGUGUUGGCCCGAGACAGUGUGUGGGUAAAUUCAUGUCAUUACGGAACAGGGGCAAUGUAUUUGAGAAGUUUCACUUCCCUCUCAAAUGCUCAAAUGUUCCUUUCUGUCACAAAGGCAAAUUAUAAUGUGAUUCUGUAAAAUGUGUUUAGAAGUGUACUACCUUGGGCGUGCGAUCAUCAUAGGGUUUCUGAACUUCACUCCCAAAUGUAAUAAUGCAGAUAGUGAUGAACUGUAUAUUUAGAAAAUAACAAUUCAAUAACUUAUACAGCCCAAUAAUCUUUUGACAAUAAUAAAGUAGCUAAGGCACUACUUUGUGUAACUAACACAAAGUGGCUUGUUGUCAUUGUUGCACCUUUAGGUCUUGUUUGUGCACAUUCUGCAUAGUGAAUAGAUAAUGGCUAUAUGCUGGAAGCACUGAGGGGACAAGAUCCCUAACAAAAUUAAAGCAAAGUUAACAUGCA